AUGCUGUGCUUCAUUGCUGGAGUGAUGCUGUAUGUUCGAACGGGAUCGUCUCUGUGCCUUGUCUUUGGAGUGGAAAACUCGGUGGAUUUCAUCUCGAGUGUGAUUGUGCUAUGGCGAUUUUUCGUCCCUGCCGAUUUGACGGAAGCGGUCGAAAAGAAACUCGAGAAACGCGAAGAACGCGCUUCGGUUGCCAUUUCCAUCAUUAUGGGAUUUCUUGGAAUUGGAAUCCUGAUUGCGGCCAUUGAUGACUUUAUGCAGGGGGAGGACGAACCAGCGCAUCGCGAAUUGAUUUUGGCCAUUGCCUUUUUCAGCAUCCUUUGCUCGGGUACCAUGGCGUUGUACAAGUUCAAUUAUGCCGUGCAUUUGGGCAGUCCCAGUUUGCGAAAGGAUGGAUUGUGCAGUUUGAUUGGAGCCGUGUUGGGUGCCGCACUCUUUUUCAACACUUUGAUUCAAAAUCAACAACCCGGCCUCUGGUGGAUCGAUCCCGUCGUUUCGCUGAUAUGUGGUUUUGUAGCUCUCUUCAUGUCGGCGCAGUCGCUCUAUAUUGCCCGAGUGGUCGACAAGCUUCCCAUUUUCUCGGCUCACUGGUGGUCUGUAGAUAUCGAGGAAGGAGGGGAUGGAAACACUCCGGCCGAAGAAAAACCCAAAGAAUCCGAUAUUGUGUAA